AAUUAUCCUUUAUUAACUCCCUUUACAACGGAAAUCCAGAGGUGUGGAAAAGGACUUUUAUUUUUGUCGAACUACUUAAACUUUUUAUUACGUUUAAAAUGAAUACAUUGAAUGGAAACAACGUAUAUUAUUCAACAUUAGGAAGACAUUUAAAGCAUGAACUGGGUGGUGUUGAAUUUAAAUUAUCUGAUAAAUUAAAACCAGGCAAACAGUUUAAGGAUUUGAGUGACAUAGUAGCUUUGAAAUGUAAUAGUUUCGAAAAGUACAAUUAUAAUUUUGAACUGGAGAAGAGUGUAUUGGAUGACUUUCAGAUUCAUGAAAUGAACAAAAUAGCUAUAUCUAACUGAAUUUUUUCCUGCAGGAAUUAUUUAAAGACCGUCUUCUUAUACUGUUGAUAUUUCUUUUAUGAAACCAUGCAUUCUGCGUGAUGACUAUAAUUCCUUAAAAAGAUUGGCAGAAAUCAAAAUGAAACAUUAGAAAAUUUUUGAAUCUCUUGUUGGGUUGCAUGCAUUCCAAUUUAAAUAGGUAAAUAAAGAAACUUAGGAAUACUCAUGAGAAAAGGUUAGUUGUGAAUCUCCAUUGCUUGCAUGCAUUCCUAUUUAAGUUUGUAAAUAUUGAAGUUAAGGAAGAAUAAUGAGGAAAGGUCACAGUGCUUUAAGUGAUAUGUUUUAUUCUGUGAUAGCUGGUGGACGAUAUGGCUUAGAGCAAUAUCUAAAAAGGGGAGGUAAUAAAAACAUACAGUGCUCAGAAGGAAAAUCAAUUUUAAUGUAUAGUAUCCAGUGUGAAGACCGAAAUUUAUUUGAUUUAUGUUUGAGUGUUGGUGUAGAUAUGUGUUUGCUGGAUGUGAAACAAAAUACAGCUUUACAUUAUGCAGCUAUUUCCUCUGAUAUUUAUUUUCUUUCCCAGCUUCUAAAAUAUAAUGUCGAACUAAAUCAUCAAAACUAUCAGGGAAAUUCUCCACUAAUGUUAUCUGUCAUCAAAGUACAGCCGGAAUCGACUAUAUUAUUAUUAAACAAGGGAAGUAAUCCAAAUAUAACCAAUAAAGAUGGGAAUACUGCUCUACAUUUAUUAAUUAUCGAUAAUCCUAAUUCACAUAAUCUGGAUAAUUCAGAUUCAAAAGAACAUCUUCCUUUGUUGCACGCCUUCAUAAAUCACCAAGCCAAUUGGCAGAUUUCAAACUUUGGUUUUGCUGGUGGUUCAACUCCGUUGUUGUGUGCUGUUGUUAAUAAGGACCUAACAUUAGUAGAUAGUAUUUUAUCAUGUAUAGACCCUAAUACAUUUAGUACAGAUUUACUACAACUUUACCGAAGUAAAAACCAGUGUUAUAAGGAAGUGUUAUUAUUAAAAGGUGUGAACCCCUGUGUUAAAAUCGACAAUAUCUCUGUAAUAGACAUCAUAUUAACUUCAGGAACUAUAAAUGAUAUACAUUGUAUGCUUCAAAAUUAUGCCAGUGCCACAAUGAGUAAUACAGGGAAUGAGUUAUUAGAGUAUUGUUUUGGGACAGACGUUAAAAAGUUACCUUCUGUGCUAAUAAAUAUAUUAAUUAAAUGUGGUCUACAGGUAACACCUAAUUCUUCUUUUAUCAAAGUAUCUGGCAAACCUAGAUUAGAAUUAGAUGAAUUGUUAUCUGAUUCCAGUCUUAAUAUACCAGUUAGUUUAAAAAGCCAGUGUAGGACAGUAAUUAGACAAUACCUACACAUUGGUUUACAUGAAAAGACUUUUCAACUGCCGAUACCACGAAGUGUUAAAAGAUAUAUUUUAUUUUUCAAUGAAUUCAGUUGUAAAUACAGUUAUAAUGUCAACAAAUAUUUGAAACAUAAAAUGAUUUUGAAAUGAAAAUGUACAGAUAGUUCCAAAAUAUACUUCCCACUAAUUCCCUUUUCAAGGAUAGUUUAGAUCAGUUUUAGAAUAGACAACAUAAUGUUCCAUCAUAAUGUCUCAUGCCAAUGAUCUACCAGUAUUUAAAUUUUACAUUUUAUGUUUUGUUUAAUGAUAAAACCUAGUCCUGAUUCAUGCUUAUAGGUCUUUUUUACUUAAUAAAAUUGAAAAUUAAA